CGAUCACUUUCAGUCGCUUGCGUCUGUCCUUUCUUUUCCUAACCCAUUCGUCAUUCAUUCUUUCGCCCCUGGUGGACGCCUCAUUCUCUUACACCAACGAACAAACUGCACUUACAAAUCGAUCUUUACCUACUUUCGCAAGUACUAGAAAACUGUCGCCAGAAUGCGUUCCACGAUCUCUUCCACACUUAUGGCCGCGGCGGCUUUGGUGCCGACUGCUUUCGCUCACUACAACUUCGAGGCUCUGAUCGUCAACGGCAACGUUACCAGUGCUUACGAGUACGUUCGCCAGACGAACAACUCAAACUCCCCCAUCACAGACAUUACAUCCACUGACAUGAUUUGCAACUCUGGUGGUAACCUCGCUGCCACCAUGGCCAAGACCUCGACUUACACAGUCGCCCCUGGUGACAACGUCGGCUUCACUAUCAACGCUGCCAUCUCUCACCCCGGUCCUCUUUCUGUUUGGAUGUCGAAGGCUCCCGACGGCACUGCAGCCAAUGCCUACGACGGAUCUGGUGAUUGGUUCAAGGUUUACGAGCUGACUUACACCGAGAUCAACUCUGAGGGUAUCCAGUGGGCAACUUACCCUUCUGGGAGCAGUGGUAUCCAGAACUUCACUAUUGACCUGCCCACCGAUUUGCCCGCUGGUGAUUACCUCAUGCGCGCCGAGCACGUUGCCCUCCACGCUGCUGAGGAGUUUGGUGGUGCCCAGUUCUACAUGGGUUGCGCUCAGCUGAGCGUCACUGGUGACGGUGCCGGUAGCCCCAGCCCAGUUACGAGCAUCCCCGGCCAGUACACCGGCUACGAGGCUGGUCUGAUCAUCAACAUCUACUAUCCCAUCCCCACCAACUACACUGCCCCUGGUGAAGCUACCUGGCCCGAUGCCUGUGACUCUCAUGAAGCCAACCUCGAAGGCCAAACCUAUUUAGGAAUGUGUGUUGGCGAUGACAGCACUGGCUCUUCUGCCACCGGCUCAGCUGCUGCAUCUUCUACUGCUGCCGCAGCUACCACCACAGCUGCGGCAUCUUCUGCUGCUGCCGCCGCUACUACUUCAGCAUCUGCAUCCUCUGCUGCUGCCACAACUAGCACUACUGCCACCACCUCUGCCGCGCCAGCUGCCUCUUCAUCAGCGGUCACAACUGGAAAGAAGUGUUCAAGCAAGCGAAAGCGCGCUGCCAAAAAGCAUGUCCUAUAA